AAUCACUUGGGUCCUCCCGGUUGCAUUUGCCUCUUGGCAACGGAGUAAAACAGGCUUCUCUGCAGUCGCUGUUUUUCCACUUGGCCGGGGUGGUGGGCUGCCGCGGAGUCCCCCUUGCCUGAGAGGAAGCUAGAUCUGGGGCAGCUGCCUGGAGAAGCCUGCUCUGCACUGUCAGAGUUCAGGCUCCUGUGUAUUUUGGGGUGGAGACGUGUCUCGGUGGUCCCUUAGUUAGACCUCGCAGGCACCAGCUAGGCUGUCCUCGGGCCCGCAGUGGGAGCCCACUGCACUGCGCAGGAAGGGGUUAAGGUGGCACGCUCAAGCCGGCCGACGGCUGCAGGCUCCGGUCAGCCGCGCGGAUUCCGGCGGGAGCGCGCCCGGCGGAAUCCCGGCCGGAGCCCUGGGCGAUGGGAGAGGUCCCAGACCCCUCCCGGUACUGGGGCCAGCGGGAUUGGGUCGGCGGGGGGCCAGCCCGGAAGCCAGCUUCCUCUAGGCUCCCCCUCUCCGAGAAGCCAAUCCGCCUGGCAGCCUGGCAGUUUGAGCGUUUGUUCUGUGCUUCCCUGCCGAGAUGUGAGGGAUUUUCUCUUGGGAAGAAAUCAGUGGUCGAGUGCCUGCCCAGCUCAAAUGCCACCCAACCCAAAGCAAGGCCUGAGGCCUAGGGAUCCCGGAGGGAGAGCAACAUCACACCUCCUGAGGACAACCAGGAGAACUCUGGCUUUUGCUGAGCUGUGUGUCUUACCUCCUUCCUUCCAAAGGCUUCAGACCCAGGCUUUACUCUUCUCAAGUCCUGAAUGCCCCUGGCCAGGCAUCCAUCUGUCCCUCCAGCCCUAUCCAGCCCUAGAGCACAUCUCCGGGACCUGGAACCUGCCCUCCUGCUCAGGGUGACUCACCAUUAUUCCCAGCUCAAGUGAGAAGAUGUGACAGGGAGCUGAGCCGCCUAUCUGUGUAUCUAGGAUUCCUGUAGCAUCUGAUCUGCCAUUCAAGGAACAGCAGGCGCCUGCCUGGCCAGCCAAGCGAGGCUGUGUCUCCAGCUCUCAGAGGGCUCUGGGGCUCUCCUGCAGGAGCACAGCCUGAUGCUUCUGUGUUCCCUCGGGCCCAGUUACCAGCACCCUGAGCCCCCUGCUGCAAGCAGCCGGACAGACGGCAUAGAGUAAAGCACUCUCCUCAGUCCCAACUAUGACAGUGGCUACCGGAGACCCUGUGGAUGAGGCUGCUGCCCUCCCUGGGCACCCGCAGGACACCUAUGACCCAGAGGCAGAUCACGAAUGCUGUGAGAGGGUGGUGAUCAACAUCUCAGGCCUGAGGUUUGAGACUCAGCUAAAGACCUUAGCCCAGUUUCCAGAGACCCUCUUAGGGGACCCCAAGAAGCGGAUGAGGUACUUCGACCCCCUCCGAAAUGAGUACUUUUUUGAUCGCAACCGCCCUAGCUUUGAUGCCAUCCUCUACUACUACCAGUCUGGGGGUAGGUUGAGGCGACCUGUGAAUGUGCCCUUAGAUAUCUUCUCUGAAGAAAUCCGGUUUUAUGAGCUAGGAGAAGAAGCGAUGGAGAUGUUUCGGGAGGAUGAAGGCUACAUCAAGGAAGAAGAACGUCCUCUGCCUGAAAAUGAGUUUCAGAGACAGGUGUGGCUUCUCUUUGAAUAUCCUGAGAGUUCGGGGCCUGCCAGGAUUAUAGCCAUCGUAUCUGUCAUGGUCAUUCUGAUCUCCAUCGUCAGCUUCUGUCUGGAAACCUUGCCCAUCUUCCGGGAUGAGAAUGAGGACAUGCAUGGUGGUGGGGUGACCUUCCACAGCUACUCCAACAGCACCGUCGGGUACCAGCAGUCCACCUCCUUCACCGACCCUUUCUUCAUCGUGGAGACCCUCUGCAUCAUCUGGUUCUCCUUUGAGUUUCUGGUGAGAUUCUUUGCCUGCCCCAGCAAAGCUGGCUUCUUCACCAACAUCAUGAACAUCAUUGACAUCGUGGCUAUCAUACCUUACUUUAUCACCCUGGGGACGGAGUUAGCCGAGAAGCCAGAGGACGCCCAGCAAGGCCAACAGGCCAUGUCACUGGCCAUUCUCCGUGUCAUCCGGUUGGUAAGAGUCUUUAGGAUUUUCAAGCUGUCCAGACACUCCAAAGGUCUGCAGAUUCUAGGUCAAACCCUCAAAGCCAGCAUGAGGGAACUGGGCCUUCUGAUAUUCUUCCUCUUCAUUGGGGUCAUCCUCUUCUCUAGUGCUGUCUAUUUUGCAGAAGCUGAUGAGCGAGAGUCCCAAUUUCCCAGCAUCCCGGAUGCUUUCUGGUGGGCAGUCGUCUCCAUGACAACUGUAGGCUAUGGAGACAUGGUUCCAACUACCAUUGGGGGAAAGAUAGUGGGUUCCCUGUGUGCAAUUGCAGGUGUGUUAACCAUUGCCUUACCAGUCCCUGUCAUAGUGUCUAACUUCAACUACUUCUACCACCGGGAGACAGAGGGAGAGGAGCAGGCCCAGUACUUGCAAGUGACAAGCUGUCCAAAGAUCCCAUCCUCCCCUGACCUAAAGAAAAGUAGAAGUGCCUCUACCAUAAGUAAGUCAGAUUACAUGGAGAUACAGGAGGGCGUGAACAACAGCAAUGAGGACUUUAGAGAGGAGAACUUAAAAACAGCCAACUGCACAUUGGCUAACACAAACUAUGUGAAUAUUACCAAAAUGUUAACUGAUGUCUGAUGAAGCCUAUUAUAAUGUACUCACAGCUCCACAGGACUAAUGCAGAUGUUGCAUAAUAGCCUGCAUUGUAGUCAGUGUCCUACAGUGUGCAUCUGGUUCUGCAUGGAAAGCAAUAGUCGUGCAAGUGACUUUUGACCUUUUGAUUUUUGAUUUAGAACACAGAAUAUUUAUCAAUGGCUUUUAUGAGAUCUUCAUCACUGACGUACAGGUUUCCAAAGAUGGGAGUCACCUAUGGAGCCAGCAUCUCAUGGGCACAGUGCCGCCACCUCAUAGCCCACACACAGUCCAUCAGAUCAACGCCAAUCCUAACACCCUAACUAAAGGCAAACACACCUGGCAGGUGCCUUCUCCCUGCCACACCCUACCACCCCACUUCAGCCCACCCACCCCUGCACAGAGGAGCGCUACCAUGGCUUAGUUUGAAAGUUCUGCUGACUGCUCCAAAGGUCAUUCCCAUUUUUGCCUUGAAAAGAACACACAGUCCUGUGUGUUGGAAUUUCUUUCUGUGUCACAGGCUGGGGUUUGUAGAUUGCAGUUGCCAACUCGAUGCUCCGGAGGCUUGUGUUUCGUAAUGGAGAUGCAGCAUUCUGCUUUUUUCUCUGCAGUGUUGGCGUGGGGGAAGCCCAGGGGGUGGGGGAGGGACAGUUAAUAUGACCAAAUAUGAGUUGUCAAGUUUUACAUUUGUUCCCUUAGGCCUAUGGGGAGAAGCUACCAAAUUCAGGGACUUCUCAGCUUCAGAUACUGUUCUUGCAAGCUUCAGGGUCACAGAACAUGUUCGAUUUCUUCUCUUACUCUGCAGUUUGCAGGCAUCUGCUUCCCCGAUGGUGUGGCCCUGCUCCACUACAGUGCAGUGGAGUGUACCAGUCAUGCAAUAGAGCUGCAUGGGUGUUCACUGCAUGAAUAUCAAUAUUUAAAACACAGAAGAUAAUCUCUCUUCCUAGUAGCCUAUACAGUAUUCAUACGUAGAGUAUUAAUAGCCUUGCGAUGGUAUUGAACUAGGCUUUUUUUUCCCCAUCAGAAGGCAAAAGCCCUCCAUCAGGGAAAAGCAAACAGACUACUUGGAAUGGGGAACCAAAACUUCUGGCUGGCCCCCCCAGCCCACCCAUCUCUGUUCUUUCAAUGGGAGCAAAGACUCUGCCACACCAGGUGAAUGAACAGAAAAGUCAGAGUCUAAACACUCACGUGACUGAACAGUAGGAAUUAAUCCAGUCAUGGGUAUGACUACAAAGCUUACCAGGACACUGAUCCUGAGGACAGGCAGAUCUGUGGGUUCAAUGUACAUAAAUAUAUAUCAGCUAUCUAUCUUUCUCUCUCAUGUGUUCCUCUAGUAAGCUAUAGAAAAAUUGCAUUUGAACAUUGUAUAAGCUUAUGCAAUAUUUUGACACAGGGCAAUUUAUGCAUGUGUUUGACUAUGUGCACUAGAAUAUAUAUAUAUACAUACACAAGUGUGUGUAUAUGUACAUUAUACACACACACAUACACACAUAUAUAUAUAUUCAUUCUCUGGAGUGCAGAUUCAGGAGCAAAUCCGUUGCUUGGUGGGUUGGUUGUAUAAGAAGCCCAAUGGGUACGUUAAAACCCACUGAACCUGGGUUUGCUGUCAUUGCCUCAGACACACUCCAGUGUUCAUGGAUUCUUAGACAUUAGAAUUGUCUUUCUGCCCUCCAUGUGCUGCAGCUUCAGUUUCCCAUGGCUGAAGCUUGUCUUACUGAGUGCAGUGCACAAGGGUCCUAUAGCCCUCACAGCUCCAGCUAUCCUGGGUCAAGCCCACCCCAGGCCUCCUCUCUACAAUUCAUCCUAUUAAUCAUUUCCAUUAUUAUCCUCUCCCCCAUUUAAUGCUCUCUCAUUUGCCUCUGCAUCCAUCACUUUCAUGAACCUGUCCCUAGGAUGGAUCCUCUGCUUUGAAAUCAAGGAGUAAAACUCCUUGGGACCAGAUUCUGCUGAGCUAGACUUAAAGGAAGCCUCCUAUUGGUGGAAAUUUCCAAAUUCUGGAACCAAGGAAUGGAUUCCCUGCACAGCCCAAAGCAUCAUUUUCAUUACUAAACUCAAACUCCCUAGCACACUGGUAAUAAGAGCUGCCCUUUAAAAAAAUAAGAGUUGUCCCACCUCAAGGAGAUGUGCUAGACUUUGUUGACUCCCUGUGGGAAGCCUUACCCUCUCUGAGGAAUGGAUGGGAGUGAAGGGGGAAGGUGAAGGGAGCAAGAGGAAGGGAGAAAGUAGGAGCUGAGAUUGGUAUGUGAAAUUUCAAUUAAAUAAUAAUUAUAAAGGAAUUACCCCCACCCUAAGAACAGGUAAAGAAUAAAUGAACAUGGUAGAGCCUCAAUGUAGAGAAUGUAUUGGCCUUAGGAAGUGGAGGACAGCUUGUGCCUCUCCAUGCUAGGUUUCUUUGCCUUUUGACACAGUGGCUUAAAUUCCCCAAACACAGUGAAUCACAAUCAGACUGUUCAGUAUCAAUUCCAGCCCAGACACCACUGUUCGCUAGUUGGUACCUACAGUUGUCUUAGGGGAGGGGGGGCGCCAGCCCAGGGUGCUAGUCCAGGGUGCUCUUUAGUUCCUGGUCACCCACAUCCCCAGAGUAUCCCAUGUCAGACACAAAGCCUCUGUGCUUCUCUUCUUCCCCUUAGUGGGAGGUGGUGCUGAACUUCAUAACGUGGGGUGGGAGGGACAUACUGGAGGAUAGAAAGUUAAAGCAACCCAUACAGAAGUCUAGGUAGGAGAAAGUUACCUAUUCACAAAAUCCUUGGCCUGGGAACCAUAAAAUGUGUACACACAUGCAUCAUAAAAUAAACGAUACGUCAUUGUCACACAAAAAUAUAAAAUAUGCAACAUAUACGCAAAAUACCCAUAGGCCAAAAUAAUAUAAACAGUAUACAAAUAAGAGAUAUACAAAACAAACACAUUGCCCAAACAUAGAAUGUGCAUACCAACACAGAAUAUCUGCAAGAGAUAUAUUUAGCCUGUGUGCAAACACACAGCAUACAACUCAUAUGCAAAAUAUACAAAUCCAACUGGGGGACAAUGGAUAUACAUCAAAAUGCAUAAAUGAUGCUUUAUUAUUGUUUCUGUAUACGAGCUCAGCAUGUAUACACAGUGCACAGAGUUAUAUUUAUACUAGAUACACACAAAAAAAGCAGUCAACAUGCCCAACAAUACACAUAAAAUUUAGACAUUGAAUCACUAACCAUGCAUACACUUCCACAUCUAAAAUUUGAUGGACAAAAGCAAGGGAUCAGAUUUAAUUGCUUUUCCUUUCCUAUAUCAAUAACCCUCAACAUUCUCCAAGGAGCCUCUUCUUUGACAUCCAGCCUCAUACUUGAGACAGGACUCCUGAGGUUUCAAGCAGAAAGAUGGGCCACUACAUUAAGCACUGAAAUCUCCUGGGUUUGCUACCAUUCACCUUCUUUCAAACAGCACUCAGAGUGCAGGGUGUGUGAAAUGACCUGCAAGAACUAGCAACCUAAUAUGGGCUUCCAUGAUGUACCUUUUCUUUCAGAGAAAAUCCACACUGAUGACUCAGUCUCCCCUCCAAGUAGUCACAAUCUCCAGGUUUAUCCCUAUUCUCUUGAAGCAGUGAUGGCUCAAGAAACUAUAGGGUUCUGGACCCUAAGCCAGGUUGAAAUACCCCAACAUUCUUUGAGCCAAAAGAUCUUAUUGCCCAGCCUUCCAAAGUACCUCUUUGUCUGGAGCCACGUCAGAAACUUGAUUCUCUAUAUGGACUUAGCUCCUAAAAUGAGACACCUUUUCUUGCUCGUGGCAUUUCACUCACCUUUGGGCACAAAUCCAAUAAGUCAACUCUUGAUCACCAUCUCUGAGUGUUCAGUCUAGGCAUGCUUCCCCACCAGGGCUCCCAGGGAAGCCCAUUCAAUUGUGGCGCCUUGACAAAACUGCAGACCAGUUUAGUUGAAGUAAAAUGUGACAAGGGACGCUAACCUAUGGCUAAAAGAGCAUUAGCAAUCUUUAGAGGACCUGAUUUUUAUCCUCUAUUCUAACACUAGAUUUAAACACUAGAUUUACCCACCAUCAUAGAGCCCCAGGGGCUGCUUCUUCCUGCUCGUAGGACCAGGUAGGGCCUGAGUGCCUUUUGGCAAAGGUUUUAUGUAGCCUUGGAUCAAGUUUCAUGGCUCUACUUCUACAGUUCCAGGUUUCUGAGCACUCCCUUCAAGGUUCCAGAGAGGAGACAACAAGAGCCGAGAAUGGUCAUGUGAUCCAAAACUUGUGCACUGGGACUUGUGUUUCCAAAGCGAGAUACCAAUUUCCACCCUAACUUUGUGAGAUGCUCUGUGGCCUCGGACAUUUUAAAAGUUGGGGUUUCUGGGAAGUUGGGAAGGAAGGAGUCGAGGAAAGGCAGAGAAAUUGUCAGGAAAGAGAAAAUAACUGAGCAGUUGACUUUUUAAGUAAGUUUAUCAAGAACCAAGUUUUCAUUGGUUAAAUAAAUUUAAUUCAGGAACCCAACUUUAAUUUAGCUCUGUGCCUUUCUGGAACUUCAGUGGGGUAUGAAUGUCAAGUCUUGAUGAGAAAAUCUGGCUCUUCUAAGGAUCCUCUGCCUGGGAACUCAGUGCCAGUUACAGCCAUGGAAAGGAGGUGGAAACUGAUCUUCCCCAGAGAAAGCUAGAGGAAGUGCAAAGGGCAUGUGAAGGUCAUAAAGAGUGCACAGUGCUCUGACCUGCUAACCUAGGAAGGAGGAGGACCCCAGAGCUCUCCUGUGGACCCCUCUUCCCCUGCCGUAACAAUCUGAGUGUGGCAGAUGGGAUGGCUACCUGACCUGAAAGGGGUCUGAUGUCUAGGCUACUAUUUCCGGUUACACAAUCGAAGUCCCUUUUGCCUUGAUAAAGUUUCCAUUGUUCAGGUUCAAAUUCAUGACCUUAGUUCACCAACAUCACUAGCCACUCGAGUCAACCAGCAGGAGAUACGUGCUGGAAGCUGUCUUCAUAGUUAUUGUGACUGUCAUCUGUACCCUCAGAUUUGGUCCUUGUUUAGACCCCCCAACCUCCAUGGAGCAGAAAGCAGGGAAGGACAGGAGGGGUAAGGAAAUCCCUUACAAGCACCUCAACUAACCUAGUCCACUUUGCCUCUCUGUCCCCCUUUCCCCUGGAACUCAGCUCCAUCCCUCAUAGUUUGUGUCUAAUGUUUUUAAAGAGGAAAUGCGCAAUAAAAGCAAUAGUGACUGUUUUCUUUAGCAAUAGCUCUUUCAAAAUCUUGCUCUCAGGACUGAAAAGUGAUAGAUAGUAUAUAGACCACCAGGUAAUGCCCUUGACCUCUGGACAUUUGUUCCCAGUUUCUGUAGUUCUUCUUCCCACUUGAUCCCAUGAUUGAUUUCUGUUUGCUGAGGUCUGACCUCCUUCCGGAAUGAACAAGUACACAGAGAUGCAGUGUUCCCCCAAGGAAGACCCUUGACAAGGCCUUCUUUUGUAGUCUUUCGGGCUCUUUUUUGUGCACAUCUCUCUCGGUAUGUGUCUCUGUGCCCCUCUUCCACUGCAUCUCCUUCCUACCUGUUCUUUCACAGCGCCCUAGAGACAUCUAGGCACUGGCACCCUUGCAUUUGAGUGACCUCAUGCCAGCUCAUCUUGUUGACUUUGUGUCCGUCUGUCAGGUAUAAUGGAAGCCUAUAGGAGAACGCUUACUGAUAGAUGAGAAUACAGCAUCCUGAGCCAUUAUAGAAGAUCCUUUCCAUGCAGUAAAAGCCAUUACUUGAUUCUUUUGCAGCCCUCUCCAGGGAGAUGAAUAUGAGGGAAUGUAGCCCUGAGGUGUACGCCUGGGAUCAGUUACUUGAGCAGAUUUGGGGAGUGCCCUCUGACUCUCCUUCACAAUAGACUGACUUGCUCAACCAUAUAGACUUUAUCAGCACUUCAGAGCAAAGUAAGUCUUAUUGCUUUGUAGAGAGGUGGACAGGCACAGAGGUGUGGGUGGUCAGGGAACAGCAUUCGUGAAAUAAACCCCACUUGCCGCUACAGGGUGCAACUGUACAAAUAUUCCACACAUCACCCAGGGCUUUGAAAGGGAUCCCUUUCUUGAGACAUCUGUGAGGUGAGCUAUUGCCAUUCAGACUGGAAUCAGGGAAGGCUGGCGACCCCGGGAGCCCAUUCCAUUCCUUCUUAGUUUACUUUGCUCCGCACAUCCUUGUAUAGCCUGACCUUGGGAAAUCUCAGGGAGGAGAGUGUCCUGAAUGCUUUGCAAUCUGGUUAUUGGAGGGGAGAUGGGAAAAUGUGUGGUUCAGCUUUUGUGAUUGGAAAGUAGUAUUUCCGAAAUAGGUUAGGAUAAACUCUUGCCUUAGUUAAGUAGAGCGUUUUGAGAAGACAGAAGACCUUGCAUGGCUCAGCGUCAACCUUCUAAACCUCAGCGCUUGGUGUAUGGAAACGGAGGUGAAGCAGACCAAAGAGACAGGCUAAAUAAUGCUGGCUGCAAAAUAGAUGUGGGCACAUCAUAGCUUAUCAGAUGAUGCUCUGUUUGCCUCUUCCUACUCAAAGUAUAGAAAGACAACAUAAUUCCUGUCAAUAAGGAUUUUAGUUAAUUGGUCCUGAGUUAUUCGAGGUUUCCCAUAUAUACAUAUACCUGUGUGUAUAUAUGUAUAGUGUAUGUAUAUAUGUAUGCCAUUAUUUCAGAAAAUCACACAAAUAGAGGUAGACCAAUCUCAGUUACACUAGUGUGGAAUAAAUUUGGCAUUCUUAGGAAUAAGCUGCGUUUACUUGAAUUUCAACGUGACCUUUUUCGCAUUCUUUCCACCUCUCCAGCUCUGUGCUUUUUCUGCUUAAGAAACUAUCUAGAAGGCAUUUCUUCAAACAAAAGGACAGGCUCAGGGUUGCCUCUUUCCCUUCCCUGCCAGGUGGCUGCCUGACUCAAGGAUCAAAGGGAAGUGUGAUCCCCGGACCAGGUGCUUUCUUUUCCUUUAUUCUGCCUGCCUUGUUUGGCUGUAACUUCAUCCCUCAAGACCAGAAAAGUUAUGCCCAACUUUGUAGCUCUAGGGGAGUGGAAUAUUCUGAGACUUGGCACAGGGCUGGUCUCUAGUUUUUUCUUCAUCGGUGUUAGAGUCCUAGGCUUGAAUGUCUUGAGUUCUGACACAACCUCAGUGAAGAAUGAAAAAUGUGGGCAUUGUGGUCAUUGGUGAAAUGAACCCAGUAGGCAGUUGAGUCCGCUUAGUGUAAACAGAGGGCCAGGCCUAGAGCAAUUAAGACCCACUUGUCUUCUUGGGGGAUGAGUUGUAUACACCAUUCAAGAAACUUCUGGGUAGAAGCCUAAACAUGCCCUCCUUGCUAUCCUGUCUGGCAAUGUUAAAACUCCCAGGGAAACACUUUUCUCAGCCUCAUCUCUGCAUUAAACUGUGUGCACUCUACUUGGAAGUUGGUGGGAGGGAUUCCUCGCUAGUAUCUGAAGGUGAUACAGGGGUGGCUGUCAUCUGCCCGCCUUCCCAGAAGCUCGGCAAUCUGGUCAAGUGAGCCACCAUCCAGGAGUGGAAGCCUUUAGCCUCGACUUAGCAUGACCAGCUGGUGAGUGCCGCCGUUGGCCUAUCUAAAUGGUCCCCUCUCAUCCGGCGUGAGCCUCGGCAUGGAAACUCAUCUACACUCCUAAAAUAGUCGGACAUGCUCCACAUGAGUGUGCAGCUGAGAAGUCCUUGCAUCAUUCGACUGACGGAUGCAUAGUGCAGGUGUGAUUACAUAAUACUGUGAACAGCUGCUGCAGUAGCUCCGUAAUGAAGGGGAGUAGAGAAACGGCUGGGUGAUGGGACCUUAGGUAGCUACCCAGAGGACUCCACGCUGUGUCUCUGGGUCCUUGUGAGAGGCCUCUAAGCCCUGCUUCUCCUUGAAAACGGCUCCCUAGACACUGCUGCCGUGUUUGUCUGACUGCGUAAACACUCGGAACUGCAGAGAAAGCAAAGGAGGAGCUUAGGGAAGAGCCUGUUCAGGAGCAUGCUUUGCUGGCAGACAGUUUCCAUAUUUGCUGCUAGCGUGACUGGCUUCUGAACUUACGAAGCCAAGGGCAGACUCUUUGGCCUGCCAGGCGAGGCUAGAAGGGAGCACACGAGUUCACAGCUAUUCGCUGGAACAAAGAAACGAGAAGCGAGGCCCGGGUGGCUUUGGCAAGGGUGAGUCUCAGCUCCUGAGAGUUUGAACAUGCUCCGUGCCUGCCCCAGUUCUGCCUUCACGUGGGAGCCAGCGACCCAGUUUCUUUUUGUUGUCGUGCUUGGAUGGUUCCUUCAUUUGAAGGGCUCCAGGAAGCUGGAAAGUCCCAGGAUUGAGCUCCAGCCCUGCGGAGCAAACAAUGCCCCAGCCAAAUUGGCCUCUUCCUGGGUUUCUGCGUCCACGAACCCCUCUCUCCCACUGAGGGUGAUCUUGGAACAGCCAGGGUUAAUGGUGCCAGCAAGCAAGGAGGAUUCUCUUGUUUCCAUUACAGACAGAGCUGUAAAGCUCUUAAGUGGGGGGUUGUUGCGUGCUUAUGGGCUUACUAUAUAGGCUGCCUCUGGAGACCAUAUCUAUAUAUAAUAUAUUAUAUAUAUAUAUUAUAUACGUGUGUGUAUAAAUAUCUGUGUGUAUAUUUAUACACACAGUGUGGAAAUAGGCUCAUGCAGCACAGACUAGUUAGGGUGUCCACUGGCUUCUUUGCUGCUCAUGCAUGACUCUGCAGCUGCCCUCCCAUGUCCUGUCUCUUAAAAAAAAAAUUACCGAAAACUCAAAGAGGAGAGGAAGAUAAAUAAGCCUCUCUGAGAUCAAUAGGAAAAGGAACUCCAAGGCCGAUGGCAAAGCUUCCUAAGGAUGAUGCUGAAAGGGAACUUGGGUCUCCAUGGUGAUAAGAGACCGAGAACCAAUGAGAGCUGAAGGCGGAGCAGGACUUGUGAGGAGGACUCAUGGGAGUUGGAAGUCAUUUAACUAUUUGUUUGCUUCAUGAAAAUUUAGACACCAGCUGUAACUGCAUUGCACAGGAUGUAUAGAUGUUAGCUGUCUUGCUGACAUGGUCUGGAAGCUUUCAGCCCCACCAACACUGCCCCCACCCAGGACUUGUGCAGCUGAGAGUUCCUGUGUCAGUAGGGUCUGAUGUGUGUACAUAGAUUAUACAUAUACGUGUACAUAUGUGCCUCAAUGAACAUUGCCUGUUCACCUUAUCGUGGGUGUACAUAGACUUCAUAGAGCUCCACAGUCUUUUGUAAAUAUUGACACAAGUAAAUAAGUAUAUAAAUAUAUAUUACUGAGGAUUUAUUUUAACAUCAUUCUGUGUGAAAUGACAAAAAUAAAAUUUUUGACAGACACCAA